CCCCUCGCCCUGCCACCGGCAGCGCGGCCUGUUUGGCGCCAUGUUCGCUAUGAAGCGCCACGCCGUGAUCGGCUUCAACCUCUACUGUGGCGGCGGCCCGGCCCUCGCGCCCGCCGCGUCGSCGCCAGCGCCGCCGCCGCCAGCGCCGCCGGGUCCCGAGGGCGGCUGUGCGCCCAACGGCCGUGCUGAGGUACCUCGCCUUUUGAUCGGCCCCGCCGCGGCCCCCCGCGCUCUCAUCGGCCCCGCCGCGCGGCCCGCCUCGCUGUGGAGCCCCGAGCAGGAGCUGGACGGCUGUGAGGCCGAGGCGGAGCGCGGGGCGGCCGCGGGGGCCUCGCUGCCCGCCACGCCGCCCGCCACGCCGCCCGAGCCGCAGAGCCCCGACGAGCUGCGGCAGGACUCGCUGGAGCUCAUCAGCCGCUACCUGCGCGAGGCGGCGGGCGAGGCCGAGCCCGCUGCCAAGAAGCUCUUCUCGGGCCUUCUCAGCGGCCCCGGCCGGCCCGGCGGCGCGGGCCUUAUGGAGAAGGCGCUCGAGACGCUGCGGAGGGUCGGCGACGGCGUCAUGCGCAAGCACGAGCUCGCCUUCCAAGGAAUGCUGCGGAAGCUGGAAAUCCAGAAGGAGGAAGACCUGCAGUCAGUGUCUGAGGUGGCUGUCCAUGUUUUCAGUGAUGGAGUAACAAACUGGGGUAGAGUUGUGACACUCAUCUCAUUUGGUGCCUUUGUUGCAAAACACCUGAAGAGCAUAAACCAGGAGAAAUGCAUCCCUUCGUUAGCAGGGAUCAUCACAGAUGCUCUCAUCUCAUCCAAACGAGAGUGGCUUCUGAGCCAAGGAGGCUGGGAGGGUUUUGUUGACUUCUUUCAAGUAGAGGACCUAGAACGAAGCAUCAGAAAUGUCCUCGUGGCUUUUGCGGGGUUUGCUGGACUGGGAGCAAGCCUGGCGUACAUGAUCCGGUGAGCUCUGCCUGUGGGAUGGCAGAACUCCUGGCGCCAGUUCUGUUUGGAGCGUGCGAGCCCACUCUUCCUCCUAGAUAAAGAUGCAAAAAGGGACAUCUGAAUGUGAUGGGAGUCACUUGCAGGUGUCCCUUCAUUCUUCUGGGAUACAGUGUAUUUUUGGGACAGAGUCUUCUCCUACCUUGACUUUGAGCCUUUCUAAUGUACUCUAGAAAAUUGUCAAGGAAGUGUAGUGAGGACCAGUAGCUUGGUAGGAUUUUGUGCCUGUGGCUUGCUGGCAACAGUUCUUGUUUCGGUUUGUUUUAAUCUUGUUUUGGUUGUUAUAGUGCUUCUAGCGGGUGGGGAGUGUGAAAGCUGGUAUCAGUUAACUUCCUUUUCUUUGCUUUAUUUUUGUUUUUUUUUCCACUGUGAAUGAAAUGAAGCUAUUAGUAGAAUGUAAAUGUUCUGGAGUAGAAUAAAACUCCUUGAAUUUGAUGUGCGGUCGGUGCGCGUCCGUCAGUCCUCUGCUCUCUUGCUGGAAGCAUCACCCCUAGCGAGGCUUGCACUGUUCUGCUUUGUCCACUCAAACUGAGCAGAUCAGUUGUGCGUGCAUUGUUUUUUUGUUGUUGCUUUUCUUUCUUUCCCUUUUUUACCGCCUUUUGGUGAAAGCCUCUGUGAUACCA